AUGCCUAAACAUCUAACAAGAAGCCGCAUGGUUACUUUCAGUUCUAGCACACUGCGUUAUAAAUUUUGGACGGUCUCAAAUGCAACUCUUGCUUAUUUGCAUGCACCAUUGGGAUUUAUCCCUUCUAAAGAUGUUGGUGUGGGCGUUGGACGCAAGUGGUUAAAGGCACAACUGAAGGGGAAGGUAAAUAAGGAAUGCUCAAGUAGCACAGCGUUGCGAGGUGAGAUCUGUGGGUAA